AUGAAACGGCUCGAUAAUGAACCUAAGAAGACCCCGUUUGUAUUUUCUUUCCCCUUUUGUCGCAUGCUGUCCUGAAGGAAAACUAUUUGCACUGAAACAUGUAAAAAAGAUUCUAUUCUACUCCAUUCUAUUGUUGCUGCUUGAAAAGAUUUUCUCUCUGACACUGGCCAGGCGGGAUGUGUGUUGCCUCAGAGAGGUCGACAUCGGCUCCGAUCCUCGGCGAAGGCAAACACCUUUCUCCCUGCCCUCUUCUUUCUUCUUUCUUCUCACUUUCUCUCUUUCCUACCUUCUUUAUUCUCUCGAUCCUCGCCGAAAUCUCGGCCCUCAUAUGCGAGUAUCGAACUUCCGCGUGACUAGUUAAGCGAACGCCCCGAGGCCAUAAUUUCUUAAGCGAUUAAAAGGCGAAUUUUACAACAAACCGCGCUUGAUUCACACAGUCGCUACGGGAUUAAUCGAAUUAGCCGUAUGUAUUACUUUUUGCCUUCUAUUUAGGCAACUUACAACCAAACAAAUAGGAAGGUAAAUAGAUCGUCUCUUUAUAUAACCAUCGGAAGCAGGCGAGAAGAUGUAGUAUUAAAUAGAGGAAAUUAGAGGCCUGGAACACACCUCAAGUUCAAUUUGAGCUCAUUUUCGUGCGUUUUCACUUUCUCUCUGCUUCCGAAAAUUAUGUAACAGUGUCGUUUGCUUAUCAUCUCAGUUUUCACUCGAAGGUUUAUUCAUCAAUCUAUCAACGAUAUUUUUAUCAACGAUAACGACGUUAUUGAGACUUUCUCUGCGACGCAGGUGAUUCACGUGAAUUCCAUUUUGUGUUUCAGAACUAAAUGAUGAUGCUAAGGGAUUCGACGGGCAAGCAUGAGGGAAAGAACACCCUCUGCCGACGACACCCCGAAAAGGGCCCCACCGGCACCAAGCAGAGAGGCGGCUUCGGCGGACGUAGCUGGUAGCGAGACAUCGAACGACGACACGAUCGAGAGUUACCACAGGACGAAAUUGUCCGGCACUCCCUCGGCGCCCGGCACGACGACGUCGUCCGACAGGAUGGUAGCGUCGACGCAGAGCCUGGAGGAUCUGGGCGUUAAUCAUCCCGCCAACGCGGCAGGGAGCAACGCCGAUCGUCAGCAGCAGCAUCAGCAGCAGCAACAGCAGCUACAGGAACGCUACGGUCAUGCUUACAGGUCAUCGGCGCAGACCGCCCAGGAUAAGCGGUCGCGACUGAGCAAUGUAAUUAACAAUCUGCGCAAGAAGGUGCCGGAUGGAACCAUCGGCGGAAGUUCGGAUUUGCCGAGGAAGGAGGAGGACGACCGGAACAGCGUCGAAAGAAACCUGGAGACUCUGGAGAAAUAUGUGAUGACAGUGCUGAACGGUGUGAUCAAGGACGACGAGGAAGAGGACAAGAGCGCGGAAAAGACGAAGGAGCUGGAGAGGCAGAGGAAAGAGCCCGAUGAGGAAGAGGAGGAGGAGGAGGAAGAGGAAGAGGAGGAGGAGGAAGAGGAAGACCCGACGGAUACGGCGGUCAAAUCGAGUGACGGUGACAUCGAAGCUGCCGUUGUGCCGCGAUUAGAAGAUUCUUCGACGAUCGAUAAUGCCGAAGACGUCGAAUCCUCGAAGACUACGGAUUGCUCGAAUACAAAAGAAACGGCAGAAAGUCUACAGGAUUCGGAGAUCAAAAUUAGUCAGGAUUUGAAGGAACUUUCCUCUAGGACGGAGGAAAAUCAUCGGGACGUUGAGGAAAGAGAAUCCGAAAAUGAUCGAAACGUUUCGAGGGAGAAAACGGAAAGUCGGACGUUAGGUACGAUUAUAAUGGACAGAUUGAGUGAGCAUCAGGUCGAAGAGAGGGCGAAUGUUGACGAUGGCAGAGGACACCGAACGUGUGAAACCGUCGCCUCAGAAAAUACAGAGGUGCACGUAAUCUGCAGGAAACUACUAGACAAUCUAUUGAACGAUGUCUAUCGGAUGGUUGAUGAUCAGGAGAAUCAGCGGAAAAUCGAAGAGAAGCCGAAGAAGAUCGUCGACGCGAUCGAGUCGAGGGUAGAGGAGACCAAAGACUCAAACAUUAAUUAUGUUCAGGAGCUGUCUGUGACGGGUCUUCAUUGCAGUUUACCUUUGGAAAAAGUCGCGCCCGUACUUCAAAAUUGUCACACGAGCGAGUCGGUGACCUCGCGACUUUCUUCAGGAUCGCCUUUAAGUCCUUCGUCGGCACAGAAGUCGAAACCGUCGUCUAAUACGACACCGCCGGUCAGACUCCUCUGUCUCUACUGCGACAGAAAGUUUCUGUCCAUGUCCCUGCGGCAGCGGCAUACGGAGAGAUCGCAUCAGCUCGGUGGUGGCAGGAGAUCAGAGAGGAAAAAUCUUCGAAAACCCUCCCAGAACUGCCAGUACUGCUCUGAGAAGUGUGCCGAUACCCUGGAGGCACUGUUCCAACACAUGGUCAGUAGCCAUGGAGACAAGUACUACGCCUGCGUUCAGUGUUCGACAAGGUAUCCCACUCGGGAAGCUCUGGUGGGACACAUGGGCGAGACGCACGGUGGAAAUGCCGAAAGGAUCGGACAGGUUCAGCCGGAAAAGAUCAAAGAAGGCUCACCCUGCAAAGAAUUUUGCAGUCAAACUUUACGUGAGAAGGUGAACAUGUUGUCAGUAAGAGACAGAAGGUCCGAAGAAAAGGAAUCGGAAGAUCAUGAUGAAAAUCGACGGACGGACAGCAGUCGAACGAAACUCAUCGCGACGCGGGAACUUAUCGAUAAUCCGGCCAGUCCCGAGUUCGACAGUUCCUUCUAUAGCAACGUGAGCUGUAACAUCCGCGAGAACUUGCUUCACCACCUAGACGGUAAAUUGCAGACGAUGAGCAGUCCGUCAUCGUCGACGUGCACGCUGCCGACCGCUACCUCGAACUUGACGGCGCCGGCGACGGUGACGGCGACGGCGACGACGACGGAAUCGAAAUCGCCGCAACAACAACAACAACAACAAUCGCAACAGUCAUAUUACGAGCACAACGUCACUCAGAUCCAAUUUCCUAUCGACAUUUCGUUAACCGCCGCGACGCCGGUUUAUACCAAGGACUACGCAGCCAGCGAGGAGUAUGAGAACUCGAGCGAGUACGCCCGGAAGGCUGGCAAAACCAGCAGCGGCUCGCGACCACGUCGAGUCUCCUUCGAGAAGUAUAAUUUCCCGCGCAAAUAUGACGGUAGGGAACAGUGGACGUGCUCGAUCAAGGACCUCAGCAAGUUUGACAUCUCCACGCAGCUGUCACUUCGGAAGAAGCAGCAGCUGAUCAAGGAACGUCUCACCAUCAAUCGACUGCAUCAGAUUCCGUUGGUACCGAGCGAGACUACCGAGGUGUCUCUCCGCGAUCAGAAACAGACCGAGCCCGUCGUCGAAAUGGCGGCGAGUAAUCAGGAUGAAACCGAUGCUGCCUGCAUGGUCGAUCCGGCUGUCGCGAUUCCUGAUGUCGUCUGCGAGUUUGGCGAAUCGUCCCCAAGUGAGAUUAAAAAGGAGACGACCGAAACGUCCGCGACCUCGAAUUCGUCGGAUUCGACGGCUAUCACGGGCUUUAGCAAUGAAUUCUUAGACUUCAUGAGACUGAGGAGGCGCGAGCAAGGUGACAACGAGGUUGUAAAUUCUCAGGAGAUUGUUUAUGCGGAAUUGAGCGGCGAAUGGUCGCGAACGCGGAUCUACAUCUGCGGCGCUUGCGGUUCCAGACACGUGACGCUCAAGGAGAUGGAGGAUCACAAGGCUUCCACGCAUCCGCGCGUCCUGUGCUCGCACUUCGAGCUGGCGGGCGAUCAGCGCGAACACUACAAACACCUGUAUCUACCGGGAAGAGAUGCGCCAACCGACGCGGCGCGCGAUGCCUCGCUCGCGGAGAUGGUGUGCACCAAGUGUACCAAGAGCUGCCCGAGCAUGGGCGAGUUACAUCGUCACAUGUUGGAGUGCGGUGGUGAUCACGCCUGGUUGCUCGGCCUCAACGGCAGCGGCAAGAAGAAGUGCAAGUGGCGGCCGUUUGGCAGCCGUAGCCGUCGACGGCGUCAGCGCGGCAUGAAGAGAAACAUACAGAACUCGCAGACGCAGCCGCGAGUCGUCAACGCGGAUCGGCCCAAGGAGAAACAGACACCGACCGGUCCUAGAGUCCGCCCGAGUGAUCGCGAGAGUAUCCAGAAAAUGCUGGCCAAUUUACCAGCUAAGAGAGCUACGAGGAAAGUUCUGCAGGACAGCAUGAUACGAUCGCAGGGUCGACUUCGUAACGUGCAGACCAGAACGAGACCUCGCAUGAUCGGCGACAAUUCGUCUCGGAUCUCACGUAACAAAGCUGCCUUGAGGAAUAAACUGCUGAAGAAUGCUAAGUCGAUUCAACGGAAUCGUUGUCGAAGUGAUAACAUUGCAGCAGUGAUCGAGAGUGUCGUGAGGAAGUGUCACGAGACCGAGAAGAAAUUGGACAGCGAUGGUGACGGGAGCACCGAAGCUGAGGACGAGAGUAAGAAGAAUGCCAAAGAGACGAACGAAAGUUCGUCGAAGGCGAUCGGCAAAGCUGCGGAUGUCAAUGAUAAAACUGUUCGUACGAGGGUCGUUGGGCAACCUAAGGUUCUCGGUAAGAGGAGAAACGUGAAGAAUCCGCAAUUUCAAAGCAAGGACGGUAACAAGCUGGCGAAAAUAAUGGGCAAGUUUGUGAAGUUUAAGAAUAGCGUUACGUCCGAAACGAAGAGCGAAGGCGAGGAGACAUCCUCCCCAAAGAGUACACCAAAGAACGCAAAGACGACGCCGAGAGUAGCUGAUAAAGACGAGGUCAGUCCCGACGGCAAGAAAAUAUCAACCGCUGGAAUAAAAAGCAAAAAUAAAUUGACGCAGGGCAUACUGAAAAGAAAGCGAUCCGUGGAUCCGGUGGCAUCUUUGAACGCUUCUAUCAAGGCGAAGUCACAAUUACGAACGCAGGAUGGUAAGUUUGCUCGUAAUCCGAAUAAGGACUCGUCAGCAAAAUCGGAAACGAAAAUGGAUGACGGGAAACCGACCAAGGCUGCCGAUUCGAUCGAGGUUAAGCCAAAACCGAAAACGAUGCAGAAAUCGAAGAAGAUGGAGAUUCAACUGCCGCGAAGAGUCACCCGGUUGUCAUCCGACAGCGACAAGAUGCCAACUUUGGAACCAGUCGUGCAGAUUGUUUCCUCUAAUGAGGAAUACGCCGAUAAAUCAUCAAAUGAUUUGCCUAUCUUAUCGCCAGUGAUAGGAUCUCCUCAGGAUCAGAAAGCGUCUCGAACUUCCGCAAAGAGUGUUCUGAAAGAGAAAGAGGCUAAUGUCGAUCUCGAGGUUGUCCCUGAAAAGAGCAAAAAGGAGCAGAAAUCGACAAGAGAAAGAAAGCCGAAAGAAGAAACAAAAGAUACAGCAAAGCGAAAGAAGACUGAUAUAAUUGAAGAAAAUAAAAAUAAUGUAGGGCUGCUAAAAGAUGAUAAGACGAAAGGCAGGAAAAGUUUGCCCGUCACAAGUAAUAAUAACGGCGAAAAUAACAAAGAAGAAACGUCUAAAGGAGAGGUCAUUGCAAAAAAAGAUUCAAGAUCGAAAAAGAAAGAAUCAUCGAAGAAAACUCGAAGCAAUUGGAAAACUAGAUUUGUGAACAAAGAUUUCGUGUUGUUGUUGGACAUCCCAUCCGAAGUGAAGAAACUAUUAAAAAAUUUCUGUCCGGAAGAUAGUAAAGAGGCUGUCCUGAACAGAUUAGAACUUGCAUCCAACGAUUCGAAAUACAACUUGAGGCAAUCGAUACCAGGAUCGAAAGUGCUUCAAGCGAACGACAAAAAUCCGAAAGAACUCGAUGACGAAAUGGAGGAAUCGAAGGAUAUGAGCAAAAAGGAGAAAAUUGAAGCAAUUAGAAAACCGUCUAGGAAAAAUGUCGAGAAGAAAGGUGACGAGAAGAAAACGAAAUCGGAGAAGGAUUCAGCUAGCAACGUGGCCUCCAGCGUAGCUAAUGUGGCUCAGAACGAAAAAAGUCAACAAGAUAAAAAAGAUGGUCGAACUGUGAAGGAGAUCGCGAUCGAUAGUUCCGAUACGGAAAGCAAGACUGAUAGCAGACAAACGAGAGGAUCGUUGAGCGACAAGAGUGAGUCUGCCUUGGAAAUCGCAAGCGAUAGCUGUCGGAAGAACAGCGGUUUGCUGGAGAAACGUCGCAGUCGUAACAAGUCGGUCGACGAAGAUGAAGAAAGCAACACGGCCAUGUCGGAAGAACAGAAAAGCAGCGAAAAUAUUGCGUUAGGUGAAAAGGAAAUCGGGAAAGAACUCGAGGAAGAUACCGAUAAAAUCUCUAAGAAGGAAAUGCAAGGGGAAGGCGACAAAAAUUCCGAUGAUCAUUCGGAUUUGACGGUAGUGAACAUUAAUUUGAGCCACUUACAGUCAGAGACGAGCAACCUGUCCAUCGACAGCGGCAAGGAAAAUUCUUUGGAGACUACCGUGAACGUUCCCAGCAAGCUGAAGGUAGGAAGACCUAGGAAGACGUGGGGCGCGCGCCGCGAGAAAUCGUCAAGGAAGAGAUCCUUGAACAACGUCAUCGGUAUUCUGACGGAGGGCAUGAAUAUCCCUGUUGAGGCGCAGCAGAGCGUGCAGGUACUCACGGUUCAGACCAGUCUAGACAAUUCGGACAGAGUAGCGCGAAACGGGAGCGCGCAACAACCGAGUGGUGAUGAGGACAACGUGCUCGCGGGGGAUUCCGCGUUCAGUGAAUUGUCGGAUCUUGCCAAAAGCGAAACGGAAUCUAUGGAGAACGAAACGAUUGUGGCAACAAGUACGACUGGCAACCUUCACACAGACAGCGAGAGGAAUGCUCAUGCUUGUCCUGACAAGGCGCAGGACAAAAAUACCUUUGCUGAUGGGAAAGUCGAGGUAUCGCCGAAAGUCCCGAUUGCUAAAGCGUGUUCACCAGCCAACGACAUCAUUCUCGAUUUAUCUAGAAGAAAACCCAAGGGCAAGGGUUCUUUCUUGGAGAAAAUUGUAUCGAAGAUAGCCAAGCAGAAGGACGCUCUUCUAGAAGGUGAAGUAGGUUCUCUGCUUGACACCGCGGCCGAUGAAUUGACUAGUAUCCUCGACGAGGUUGGACCUACUUUAGCUGAUAAUAUAGAGAACACAAAUUCUGAUGAGACAAAUCAUAACUCGAAAAAUUAUGAUAAAAAUGAGACAGUUAUGUCUGAUGAUAAAGAACUGCCCGCGAUUGUCAAUUCUGAAAAUCGAGCAUUGGAAAAUGAUAAAAUCAAUAUUGAGAGUAUGGUUUCUAAACAUUCGACGGAUUCGUUAAAGACUUCAGAUGAUCUCGAAGAAAACUUGACAACGAAGACUAAAACUCGAAACGAGAAAAUUAAAGUAGAUAAUAUUUCGGAUGUUGAAAUGAAAGACGAUAACGUGAAUAGACAACUGAGUGAGAUAAUGCAUUCCACUGGAAAGUCGCUGGACGAAUCUUGUAAUAAUAAAUUGGCAACGAACGAAGAAGUAAUUACUCCGACAGAAAUUUUAGAAAGUUCUGCAUCUGUGACCGAUACUUCAGUUUCCUGUUCGCUAAUGACGACGCCGAAAGAAAAUUUAAGAAAACACGAAAGAAAGCAAGACGUCACGAAGUCCAGGAGAAAAGCUAACAAGAGAUUCGCGGAGGAUGCAAAUUCCUUUAAGAAAAAUAAAAAGAGAUUAGAAAUUGCCGAAGAAAAUGUUGCACAGGAGAAUUUCAGGCCAGAUGACAUCACAUUGAAGUACAAAGAGGCGUUCGAUAUUAUAAAUGAAUUUUCAAAGAAAGAUGAUACUACCAUGGAGACUUUAAACGCAGAUUCCGAAGUCGAGAUACCGAAGCAAUUGGAUUUACAAAAGAAUCUCGCGAAAUCUGAAAAGGAAUUGAAUCUUGCGAAAGUCACCGAUCUUCAAGAAGCAUCUGCGAACAUUGAAGAAUCCAUGGACAAAACGAAUCCCGAGAAAGAAGUGACCGUCAUCGUUAGUGUCCAGUUAACAGAAUCAAUCGAGAAGAACGCCGAUUCUAUGACGUUAUCUUUAGAGGAGAACAUAGAAUGUGAAAAAUUUGUAGAUGAGUUUCAGACUCGAACCGAUACGAAUGAGCUUUCAUCUAGGCGUACAUCGAAAAGAAAAUCACAAUCUGCCUUAUCUGAAACUUCUCUAAUAGAUGCUGCCACAAGUAUCCCUCAAAAUUCCGUAAGUUCGGCUGAUAAGAUCGCUGAAAAACCUUCUUCAUCUACGAAGGAGCAGUCUUUGGAAUCAAGUGAUGCACAAUCGAUAAAAAUUGGGACCACUGACGAAGACUCGGAUGUUCCUUUAGAAAAAUUCUUGCAUUCUUUCAUUGAAACAAUAUCUGAGAAACACAAAGAAACUACGGAAGAGAAUCUUAAUUUGCCCUCAAGAUCACCGAAGAAAUGUGACUCGAAGAAGAAAUCGUUGGCUGAUGAAUAUCUGAAGCUAUCAGAGGAUAAGUCUGCAAAAGAUGCUUCAUUAUUCAACGAGGAAUCCAAUGUCAUAGAUUUUAACGAAUCCUUAUCCGUCAGCUUAGAACAAUUUAAAAUACCGGAAAUAAAAGAUCUGACACAGAUCGCGAAGAAACGGGGUCUUCGAAAGAAAUCACUCCCAGAGGAUGGUCGCUGGAAUGGCGGAAGCGUUUCCGAAGAAUCUCGAAUAACCGAGGAACCUGCGGAACUUGGCGAGAUAUCAAACUUAAUCGAGGAAAAAAUCGAAGAGCGAGAAGAAACAGAGAAAAAUGUUGUGGGACAAGAAUCGAGAAUGAAGAGACUUGCGAGAUCGAAGUCUUCAGGUUCAAUCGGGCUUAAUCCUUGUCUAACCAGAACGAGAUCUGCGUUUAAGAGAAAGACACAGCUGUUGAACGAGGAUCUUGCCGAUUGCAGCACCCGAAUUCAGAGCUCUGAAAGCACGGAUGAUUUGUCCGAGAGUUCAUGCGCUAGCGAGUCCAGCUACUUCAGGAAGAAACGAUUCGCGAAGAAGAAGAGGAAAGAGGAGACGACGGUUAGUGACAGCGCACGGGGUGACGCUUCUUUCACGGACUCGAUAGCCCUGAAGAACGAUAAACAAAAAGAGAAAUCGGACAAGACCAUAUCGUUGCUCGACGAACACCUCGAUCUCUCCGAUGCGGACGACAUUGACAUUCCUAUGGACAUUCAAGCUUCGUUAGAAAAUGCAGAAGCUUUGGAGAAUAUCGAACGGGAAUUUGAACUUGCAGAAAAGUCUUUGGACUUGCAAAACGAAAACGCAGACAAGCCAACGACAGACGACGCAAACAAAGAUUCUUGCGCCACCGAACGACCGGCAUCGAAUAAUCACGAUCCUCUAGAUAAUCCAGUCACCCCGAAGAAACGCGCGGCUGGUAAUUUCGUGGUGGUACAUAAAAAAACCGGUGAGAUCCUGAUCGUGGAGAAGAAGAAGAAAUUAACGAAGGAGGCAGCUAGGUUCUUUUGCAACGUGUGCACUACCAGCUUUACUCGCAAAAGUUCUCUGAAAAAGCACACGUUGUCGCAGUCCCAUUUGUCGCAGUUAGCAAAAUCUACUAAGGACAAUGUCGAGUCUAUUAACAACGGUACACCUGAGAAUACUGAAGAGAAUGACAACGAAUGGAAGAACAAUGAAGAAAAUGAGGAACAAUCGAAGGGCGUUCCAGAAGAUCGAUUUCACGAAACCGAUCAGAAGUCUUUGGAACCGGACGAAAAUUAUGUUUCUUACGCAGAUAGUAUGGAAUCGACGAAAUCUCUGGUAGAUUUCGGAACUACGCGACAGACGUUGGAAGACAAACUGCUGGAUGAGGAGAUUUGUAAAAUAACCGAGAACAUGAGUCACGAUGAAUACGUUCUGACGGAUCAAGUAACACCAGAAGAGCCGAUGUUGUCGUCAACGCCGAUAAAGCCCGUACAGAAAAAGCAAGAAGAUUUGGGACGAAACAAAAAUGGCGAGAAGAAGCGAAACAGAUCGAAGAAAAGGAAUCUGGCGGAAGAACAUUUGCUCUUAGACUCUCCUGCGUUGGAAAAGUCUAAAAUCGAUUCAGACGAGCUUUCAAAAUCAACCAACGACGUACGAGCUUUCUCGCCAUCUUACGAUCAUACUUCAACAAAGGAAAUGAUAGAAACGAUAAAAAAGAUCGAAGGUGAAGAAAGUGUAGACAUCGCUGAAGCAAAGAAUCAGGAAGAAUUAAUUGUUAAAUCUUUGAAUGAGGAAAUAAAUAGUUCAAAAUUAGCCUGCGACAUCGAUAUGAAAAUUGAACAACAAGUGGAAUCCACAAGAACUACAAGAAGGAAAAAGGUUUCCAAAGUGGAUAACGAUGACAAAGAGGAGACUCCAGUUUCAACUGAGACGAAUCGUUUCAGUUUGAGGCCCAGGAGAAGUAAAAACAUCCAGCAUUACGAAGAAUCUGAUUUCGAAGCUGAUGUAUAUUUUAUGGAUACUUCUACGGAAAUUAACAGCGACGAGAUAGAAAGUAAUUAUGACACGCAAAAGAGGCAGAACGAAGUGGAAGAAGAAAUGAACAGGAAUGUAGCGCAAGAAAAGACGCAGAUUGAUACUGAAAAUAAGAAUUCCGAGGACGUGGAAGUCUCAAAAUCGAAGACAGAUUUGACGGGUGACACCAAGAAGAGGAAACGUGGCAGACCGAGACUUAAAGAUCGAAUUGUUCCGGAUUCGAGUACUAUUUCAGUUCAGGCGAAACCCGAAGUUAGCGAAAAUGACGCUGGCGCUACGGGUAAUGUUGAUGAAUCAAAAAUCAAAGAUCAAAAAUUAGAUUUGCAUACCAAAGAACGUCUUGACGAGACCGGCAAGGCGCCACAUGUUAAUGCGAGUGCCCAACCUCCUAAACGGAGAGGCAGACCUAGAAAGAAUCCUAUACCGGUUGCAAACAAUUCCUCAGUACAAACAGAUUCGAGUGCCUCCGGAUCAAUAAAAUCAAAUCUCGACGUAGUGAAAGAAAAGACAGACGCGAUCGAAUCAUGUUCCAAAACGCUUGUCGAAGAAAUCGCAUCGAAUGGUUUGACAAGUUCUUUGAAUCUGAACGCGGAAUCUUCACCCGCCGUUCAGGAUCAUAUCCCGGAAUUGAGUUUAUCCGAGACGAAGAAAGAUCUAUUAAAUGCUGAAGAAGUUCAAAGUACCGAGCUGAGCAAUUCCGAAGAUUGGCAGAAAAUAGAAUCUGCCGAUAUUAAGACAAUCGACACCAUGCUCGUAAAGAAUUGCGAGAAUACGCUUGCCUUCAAUGUUUCAUCGUCGGAAGAAGAUAAAGUUGAAAUAUCAACGCCGUCGGAGAUGAAUACGUACAUUGAUGAUAGGGAACGUGUGUCAGAGAAUAAAUAUAACGAUGAUAUGAAUGUAAACGUUUUAACGAAUCUAACGACGAUCGAAACUGCAAUCGAGCUUCCUCCACAAGUGAGCGAACAAACAUCGAUCAGUGAUUUGAAAUCGAUUGAAUCAAAAGCGAUCGAACCCGACAGCAAUGAGAUCUCCGACAUACAGAAAUUGCCAGAUGUCUCAGAAGAAAAACAAACAAAGUCAGAAGGGGAUUUCCCCGAAGAGGAAAAAACUCUCAACGUAAAGCUUUUAUCAGAAUCAAAAGGCAGCGAGGAUGAAACGUCGAUCAUCGACGAUAAAUCUCUUCCCGUCGUAAGUUCUCACGAAUUCCAGAAAACGAUAGAUAAUUUAGAGAAUGAUAAUAUUCGCGACGAGGGAAUGAUCCAACUAGAGUCGUCCAACAAGAGAUUAUCUAGGAAGUCGACGAGUAAAGAACGAGAAGCUAAAAAAUUGAAAACAUCCAGGGGUAGAAAGAAAAAGGUCAAAGUUGCCGAAUUAUCUAGCGAUAGCGAGAACGAGGAUGACAGAAUCGAAUCUGCUGCUUCGAGCAAGAGUAAAAUCGUGAAGAGUGUGUUCGGUCGAGUGUUUGGCGGUGAGAAGGCGGACAAGGUGAAGGAAGUGCUAAACGACUGGGUGUCGCGGUCGGAAGAUGACUCAGACGUGUCUAGGAGUGCCUCGGAGGUGAGAAUCAGUGUGCGCGGACCGACGAAGUUCCCUGAGAAUCGACACAAGAAGGACAAGAAGUGCCACUCCGAGACGAAGAAGGAUACCGAGCGAUCCAAAAAGAAAGGAAGUGACAAGUCCGGCGGUGAGGUUCACGGGAAGUCGAAGAAUCGGAAGAAGCGGGAGAAGGAUGUCGAAUCGAUGUCGGAGAAUUGUGCCGAGUCGCCGAUCAAUCCGGCUAAGCGAAGGCACAGAGAGAGUAAGAUGAGGGCGGAUGAGAAGAUCCUAAGAACCUUCGACAACGAGUCGCCGAUUGUUUCAGACGAGGAUGAUGAAAUGAAGAAAACGAGCGAUCAGAUUAACAGCGAUCAUUUGAACGACAAAGAUAAGGAGUCGAAGAGAUAUCUAUACGAAAAAGAAUUGAAUAAAGAACGAACAAAGGAUAAAAAUUUUACCUCCGAGAUCUGGGAGAGUCUUCAGGUCGGUCACGACGUUCAUGGGAAGUCGAAGAAUAGUUUUAGCUAUCGUAAAAAGCAAGACGCUACCGCGAGGGACGAGUCGCCAUCGCAGCCUAAUGUGUUCAAGUGUAGACGGAGGGAAAGUAAGACCAGAGCCGGCGAGAUGAUCUGGAGAACCUUCGACAUCGAGAUGGAGACCGUAUGUUCCGAUCAGGAUUCCAGCGAGAUGGACGAAAUUUCUAAGGAGCAGGAGAAUGAGGAGUUUUACGAACCUAAAGAUCAUUCGAAUUCAAAGAGCAAACAAAAGGACGAUGAAGCUUGGAAAAAUGUCAAUUCGAUGGAUCAGGAAGAGAAUGGAACGUACAGUGGACGCGGUAGGCUCAGAAAGGAUUCGAACAGUCGAAAGAAACAGAAUAUCAAUGUAAUUAGAAUCAGCAAAGCGAAGUCAGGUGAAAAGAGGGAUUUCGAGAAUGAGUCGCCGAUUCCUUCGAGAGAUCAGGAAACGAAGAACGAAACGCGAAACGAUGAAACGGCGCGAUCUACGAACGAAUUGAGAAAUCGAUCGAAAACCUUGAUCAAAGAUAACAUUUACGACUCCUACGGUGAGUCGAUUGUCUCGAAGCACACGAGUAAAGAUAAUCCGGAUAAAUUGUUACUACAUUUAGAUCGGUCAUCGAGUUCCAAAAAGAACAAAAAGAUCAAUGAGGAUUGGAAACAUUCGGCGAAAAACUUAGAAUUCGAUCAGGAGGACGAUCAGCCGAUCGAGAAGGAAAUUGGACGAAAAGACGAGGAAUCCGCAAUAUCAUCGCGUAGCAGUUUAUUGGCCGAGGGAUUAAUAAUGAAGAAUCAAUUGGCUGAUAUCGAUGAAACUUCUCAGGCGAAUCGAGAAUCCGACGAUAACGAUAGUGACGAGGAGGAGGAAGAGGAUGAUAAUGAUCUCGGGCGGCAAAGAAUGUCGCCGCUUUACGCUCGCGAGACGCCCGACAGCUCGAUAGAAAGUAGCUCCAAUGAGGAAGAGGAAGAGGAGGACGAAGAGGAGGAUGGUGAGGAGGAGGAAGAGGACGAGGAACGCGUCACGCACGAGGAUAAUUCCAGAAAAACGAAUCCCAGCGAAUUCUCCGGGGAGAAGAUCGUCAUCAGGUCACCGUCGUCGGGUCACAGGUCGGAUGUGGUGACGAUCGCGCCCACAGACGCCAUCGAGGACAACGCUUUGGAUGUACCGAGGGAGAUUGAGUCAACGACGGAGACGCGGCAAGGCAAGAUCCUUAACUUCGACGAGGAACUCUUCGUCGAGUGUUGCUCGAGAUUGAAAGCCACCAGCGAGAACGAGCUGAGAGGCGCGAAGAAGAUUAAACUGGAUCAUACGGAAUCGUAUCAUAAACGAGAAGAUCAACCGCAAGGAUUCAGGGUUAAUAGGGAUCGUUGGAGAGAUGUGGAAAGCCAAAACAGUCUCGGUAGUCUUCUAGAGUCGGUAAAUCAGUUGCUUGGCGAGGAGAUGUACAACAGCCAUGAUAAGAGCUAUCGAACGCGCGGCAGUGAACAAUCGAGCAGAUCGGCUAGCCCGGACGCGUCGCGAGUCGACAAUCUCGGCUACGAAGACAGCCUGGACGUGGCGUUUGAGCACAAUAACAAACUGCGAGAUAAGAUCCAGCAGCGCAUGAGGGAGAGCGAGAAUCUAAUAGCCAGCACAUUCGGCCAGAAGAUCAAUGAUGACGAUCAUCCUGAUGAUGAUAAGCGGGACAGCGUUGGAAACUCGUACUCUUCGAGUAUUCACGAACACGAGCAGUUGUCAAUGUCGGUCACGUCGGAUAGAGAGCCGCCAGAGUCUUCACCAGGGCACAAAAACAAAGUGAAUUCAGCAUUAGGCGGUCUGCAUAAGGCGCUGCUGUCCAACUUGUUGCACAGCAAUGGCAAGCAUGAUCAUAAUGGUUCCGCUCCGAUGAAGCUGUUGGCGGAAUUAGCCUGCGCCCGAGCCCCGACCUCCACGUCGCCGGAGGUUACCACGAACAGCGGCAGGAAUCAUCAAUCGGUGAAGAUGGUCGCGGCGGCGGUUGCGGCCGCGGCUGCAGCUGCAGCAGCGGCGGCGGCGGUGACGACCAAGGAUGCCCCGAUUUCCCCAAAGAGGCCGACGAAGGACAGCUCGACAGUAACGUUGAAGAGCACGUUGACGAAGAAGAUGAGGAAUCCCAUCAAGGAACUGUUCGAGCGUAAGAAAGAGAUGAAUGACAGGAAGGAGCAGCAGGAACGUUCGAAGACCGCACUUGUCGAAUUAAACCUACAAAAGCCACGCAAGUCGAAGAAGAAUAAGAAACAGCAGCAGGAGUUCCCGCUAAUUCGUAGGAACGAGCACUAUGGCGGCUUGGUGGAGAAGAAGAAACGCCGCGAUUCUCUUGAUCGGAAAGUGGAGUCGGAGAGAAUAAAGGAUGUGUACGAGUUUGAUGAAGAGGAGAGCCAAAUGGCGCCUGCUCUGGGUAGCGUCAUGUCCUACAGAAGCCAAGUCGAUAAGAAUUAUGAUAUCAACUGGUUGAAGACGAGCACUACCGACGGGGACUUGGAUGUCGCUUUGGAAAACGGCAAGACAAAUUACAUCGCGAAUUCUAAGUUGGACGCUGUGAUGAAUCGUAAGUUUCAGGAACUGGAGAAGUUUGCACCGAAGACGAAGGGCGCUCUGAAAUCAUUUCAAAGCGAGGAGCAGCAACAGCAACAAUUUACUGAAUCGAUUACUGGACCGAUGGACGAAUUUGUUGAAAGAAAGCAGCAACGGUUAAAGCGAUCCAUGGAGCAGAACGUCAAAUCUGGCAAAAUCAAAAAGAGAGGUAGAAGCUCGAAGAAGCGAAUUAGAAAUGCCUGGUACGAGAAUGAUAGCUCGGAUGAGUUCAGAACGGCUGCAAAAGCAGAGGACGUCGGCGUUGGCAUUUCGAAAAGUCAACGUUCGUGCUCGAAGGGCAAGCAAAACUUGUUCGCGGAAUUGUCGACGUCAUCUGAGAGUGAAUACGAGCGGGAUGACGUCGACUACGCGAUCGCGAACGAGCAACGUCCAUCGAGAUCGAGGAACAGUCUAAAAAAAUCGCUCGACAUUGACGUCGACGAGACGGAUGACCAUCGCACAGUCAACGAACUCGAAUUCGACAAUGAGAAUCAAAUCGCAAACGAUUGGAAUCGAGCGAUGCAAGAAAAUGUUAUGAAAAACGAUCACGAUGCCGCGAAAUCAGAGUCAGAAAUGUCGGAUCAUUCCUUGAUAAUAGAUGAGAGAAAAACGAUCGACGAGGCGAGAAAUAGCGACGACGACAUCGACAAUCAAUACGAGAGGACGUUUGAACUGGAAGAUCUAUACAGGGAUGAUAGUUCGGAUGCCGAGACGGAAGUCGAAGAAAACGAAGAGACGAUCACUGAGGAAACAAAGAACACAAGCUCUGAAACGCAAGCAUUAGAUGAAAAUGCAAUUUCACAGACAAAACUUGCUUCUACAAACACGAAAGAUGAUUCUAUACCGGAGAACGAAUUGAUUCCCUUAGAAGAAGCUUUGGAUCUUCUAGAUCAGCAUGAGAAUCUUGAUUCGAAAGCUGAGAAUGUACGUGCUGAGAACAACAUCAUUAAUGGCAUUGCGGAUGAAGCUUCUAAUGAUGGAAUCGUUAAUGAGGAGAUGGAGAGUAAACGUUCGAGUCCUAUAGAAAUGCGAGAUGAAAAAGAAGAAGCGGAUGACGAUAUUCCGGCUUUGCCGGAAAAACUGUCCAGCAAUGAGAAACCGCAAAAAGAGUCUGAUCACAAUCUUCCUCUUCACGUGUUUCUUAGCAGAAAGGUGCAAGAAUCGAAAAAGAGAAAGCAGCAGCAGUUGGAUAAGUUACGGGAGGAGCAGGAGAGAAUACUCAUGGAUUUUCAGCCGACUAGAAGACAAAGGAAGUGCGCGAUAGGCAAACAAGGUUUACUGGCGGAAAUAAGUAGCUCAGACGAGGAAUCGUACAUGAGGGAUAACAGUAGGAAAGGCAACGAUCACGAUAAGCCGCGCAAAAAGAGAGAGUCGAAAGAAAAGAGAAAGGAGAGGUAUCUCGAGAAGAAGCACGAGCAAAUGAUUGCCAAGGAGCAGAAAGCGAUCGAAGAGGAAAUUCUGCGAGAGGUCGGCAAGAGAAAAGAGAGUCUCGCGCAAGGCGUAGACGAUGUCGUAUCGAAUAGAGACGCAGCGGAAAAAGUUGUCUCUGGACAAACUCAGAAGAAGAAACAUCAGACGAAGGAGAAACACAAGAAAAAUGGCAACGAAAAUAUUGACGAGAAUGAUGGUCAGGCUUCUCUAAAUAGUUCAGAGGACAAUCAUAAGUCAGAUUGUAUUUUCCCUAUCGUAGAGAGUACCACGGAAAACAAUAGCCAUCCGUUAUCUUCAUUAAAACGAAAGAAAAUUUCGAAAUCACCAGCAAAAUCGAAAAAAGUUUCCAGACCUGAGAAUGGAAAGAUCCCAACGAAUAAAAAGAACAAAGAACUAACCGCGGAAAAAACUAAGAAAACGUCCGCGAAUAACAAAGACUCCAAAGAGCGUAGAUCGUCCAGCGGGAAACGCGAUUCCGAUGACGAAGAAUUAAAGACCACUAAGUCAUGGAACAAGGUCGAAGAAGGCGUCGGAGUCGCGAUUGGCCGCCGGAAACGUACCGCUGCUCUUCAACUAUAUUAUUGGUCCAGUUCGAGUGAUGAGGAGGAGGCGCCUGAACCGACCCCAGCGCCGGAAGAAGAAGAGGAUGAUCGGCAGGAACAGCACGGCUGGAUAGUAGGCGAUUCCCACAAGCGGAUGAUUACGAUGCUGGCGAUGGAGAAGCAAUUGAAGGAGAAGCGACGCAGGAGCGAGGACGAGUUCGAGCCGAGCAAGGCGAAGAGCAAGAAGCAUCGAAACAGCACCUCUUGAUACGUGUUUCACGAUUAAGUUCAAUUAAACUCGCGCGAUAGACGCAGUGCAAUAACUAUGUCAUCCUGUUGAUCUAGAAACGUAGAAUAUAAAGGCGAAAAUCGAGGUGGAAAUCGAAAUUACAUUCUAUAUCUUUCAUGCUGAUCACUUGUGGUGGACUGUUUCGGUAGAUAGCAGUGGACAAGUUACAACCUGCGAUCUACAGUCAAAAAAGUAUAUAUUGUGUUCGAUCUUUUUUUUUUUCUUUUUGUUUCUUUUCCUCAUUAGCGAACGUUGCGAGCGAAGUGGAAGUGAUUCAGACAUGAGUCAAAAAAAAGAAGAAAAUCUAUAAUGUACAUAGCUGCUUGGCGUUAGAGAUUAGAGAGUAGAAGAAUAUCCUCUCCCGUGUUGCAAUCUAAGAAUAUACGCAUAUAUAAAUAAAUCGAGCUCUUAUAAAUACCGGAAGUACGUGAUAUAGACUGAACGUGAGAAGUAGCAGAAAAGUGAAGAGAGCACUCUUAGACAAUACUAGGACAUUUGUAACGUUUAGUUGUACGUAGGGGAGUCUCCCACAGGAAACGGGUGAGAUAAAGAAAGAGGGGGAAUCAGUCACAAGUCGCUUAUUUAGGAAAGGACAACGUAAAACCGGGUCCAAUCGAGUUUAGUGCUUCUACCAGCUUUUUUCGUGAUUUGUAAAACGUAUUUCUUCGUAUUCUUGCAUAUUCUUACAUAUUCGUACGUAUUCUUACAUAUCGCAGAGAAUGGAAAAACAUGAAGUCACGAAAA